GUGUUUACGGAAUCGAGACAUAGUAACUUCACCAACCAUCCCCCAUUCUCACGUUGAUUUUUUAAUUCAAUUUUAUUGCAAUAGGUGUCUUUUUAUAUGUUCUUGUUCAUGUCAAACUUCCAUUGAAAACUCUGUGUUUUACUAUCUGUAAUCUUUUUUUUCGUUUCCCUUCUCAUUUUAUGUUCAUUGGACGCAGUACUGUAACACUAAACGAGACUGUUGAAAGGAUCUCUUGUCUGUAAACGUAUUUCGCCGGAAGAUUUUUCACCUGUGCUGUGUUUUUCAGUUCGCAAAUGCUUACAUAUGUUCGACCAGCUCGGUUAAUGCCUCGGUUCGGCAGAAACAGUUCAACAUGGUCCUCUGUUUUAUUGAGAGCCGUCGGGGUAGUAUCUCAGGAAUCCAAAUACCACUCUGAUCUGCUAGCUACGCUGUCCGAGGAAAUGGAAAACCUUCGGUCACAAUUGGUACAGUGGACGAACUCGGAACCACUUCUCGACACUGUUAUACAACCAUACACAACAUCACAUGCUCGUUUUUUCCACCCAUUGCUUGUUCUAUUAAUGUCUCGCGCUUCUACGUUAGAUGCGACGCCUUCGAAGCAACAAUAUCAGCGGUACAAGCAACUUUCGCGUAUAACGGAACUAAUUCAUGCCGCUAAUGCAAUUCACAAAAGUGUCCAAGAACACGCAAAGGAAGCGCAUUCUAUUACGAAAUUAAAAGUUUUGGUAGGCGACUAUUUAUUGGGAAAAGCAUCCGUGGAUCUAGCGUCUUUGAAAGACAACUCCAUUACAGAACUCAUGGCUUCAGCCAUUGCAAACUUAAUUGAAGGAAACUUUCCCCAAACCAGAGACACCAUGUCCAUUGAGUCUGAGCGACGACGUCUCCGCCUGCAAUCCGCCUUUCUACCAGCAAAGGCUUGUUUAUGUGCAAGCAUACUCAACCGGGCGUCCGAGCACAUAUCCCAGGCAUGUUUUGAAUAUGGUUUGCAUCUGGGAACAGCCAUGCAACUUCGACAAUCCAACCCUGACAAGACAGAAAUACGUCUUGACGAUGAGGUGAACCGCGCUAAGAAGGUGCUGUCGGUAUUGCCGGACGUUGAAGUAAAACAAACACUCUAUGAAAUUGCCGAUGCCAUCGCAGCAAAUGAUGGCUAAAACACUCAGGAUUCUGAGAUUAGGUUACAAGCAUCUCUCCGUUCGUCUGUCCAGCAGUCGUUUCCAAUGCUUGAAAACUAUAUCCCGUUACCCGAAAAGAUAGAUAACACCCUCUGGUUUUGCUCUAUCGCCUCUACCACUGCCUGCAGAAAAGUAUCGGCAUUGAACUGAAACUGAUUCACUAGUUUACAUUGCGCUUCAGUGCACGCGAUGUAACGCUGGAUGACGCUGUAAACCUUUGACCACGGUAUUUUUUUCUUGUACGUCUUGAUUUUGGAGCGACGGUGGUCCCAGUCGUAGGAGAGGAGCCGUUUAAAUGUUUGGAUCUCGUUGGGGACAUCAAUCAUCCACAUGGUGAGAAACGCCAAAACAGCUUCUUCGUCUACUCGUUCCUUAUCAGUAAGAGAAAAAAGGACCUGUAUCCGCACGUUAGUUUGCUGAAUGGCGACGACGCCGGACGCAGUUAUCUGUAUCUGUUAUGCAAACGAAAAAUUGCAGCAUCGUUCACGACACGAAUAUCCUCACAAAUACAUAACUCGACGAACAGACAAACAAAUGAGUACAUACCCAGCGGCAUAUACCGCUUUUUGCCCAAGCAAACAGUCUCAUGGCUUCCUUGUCCAGCGAGCGGAGCCGUACUGUCGUGUCUUCAUCUAAAUCGUGUCGCAGUAUCUUUAGAAUUCUUUUCUUUCUAGAGUGCUCUGUAUUUUUCAACUGAAAUAAUGCAUUACUCAUUACGUCUGUGUCCCAAAAACAAGCAAUUGGUUUCGACGCAUCUUCCUUGGAUUCUCCACGACCAUGAAAUUCGCCUUCAAUGUUAAAACAAUAACUCAGAAAUGCCAGAGAGACAAAUAUAGGUGGCUUUUUUGUCUCCAAACCCGGAAGAUGGCCCAAAUAUUCCACGAAAGCUAAGAGAAAAGUUAUGUCAGUGAAUUGCUUUACCAGACGAAAGACUGCCCACAUACCUUCUAAACCCUGUGCGUGAGCUUGCGCGCUCUUUUCUUGCUUACUUCUAAGCAGGAGAUAUUCAAGGAUUGCCAUUGUAAUGGCUGCUUUCUGUUCUAUUUUAUGCAUGGGGAGGUUUGGUCGUCAUUUUCAAGAGGUCUCAAGGUAUCGUAUACGAGGAACCUCGUCUAUGACGGGUUCCUUAGUGCCGAAUAGCGACUUAUUCUGGUUUAAGUUCUCAAUUUUUCAAGCGAUCACCAAUGCGUUUUUUCGUUUUUAUUUGUCGAUGCACUCUUGUAUGCAAGCAACAAAAAUGAAGAUUUGUCCCAUUCAGCAGUGCCCCAGACUAUUGGAUCAUGUACAAUUAUUUACCAACUUUGGUAGUAUGACGCUUCCCCUUACCAUUGUCGCUAUUUCACGGCCUUCAACGAAAGAAACAGCCAUUCGAAAUGUUCCGUAUUGUCAUAUUAAGAUUGGGUAAGGAGAAAAUGCGAAAACCGACUAUAUAAAACGAACAAAUUAAGGUACUCCUGACUCUUUUAUCCUCCAUCUGCCUUUCGGCUCUUCUGUUAUCAUUUAUUUUUUAAGGGGACAUAGAACGAGUCGGUUUUUCCGGCAGAAUCGACUCGCUUAGUAAAAUAUACACGCCCGAACGCAACUUUGGUCGUCUUUAUGUUACCGCUAUCAAUGUUUCUUGUCCAUUUGUUUUAUUUUACUACAAGGCCUCUUAAACUUAUUUUUGUAAAGAACGAGACUGCGGCACAAAACCCUCGUUGACUUAUUACAACCUGCCUCACUCUCGUUGAGGCAUCCUUGAACUGGUCUGCGAGUCUUAUUUAUCUACAUUCACGACUGUGAUUACCGGAAAAAAAACAGUACCGAACCCGCAACCUGGCUUCUACGGUAGCAGUAGCGCCGACCGUAGGCAGCCUGAGAGCCCACCGACCGAUUUGACUGUGGUGGUCAGAAUGACUCUCCCACCACCACGUAACGUCAAGGGUCCCCUGGCCUGUUCUGGAGUGUAGGCGCACAUUA